ACUGAUAAAAGAUAAGUACCUAUAUAUUUGUCACAUUCACUAUCUGUAAAACAUUUUUUAAACUGAAUUUUAAGAAAAUAUAUUUAGCCUAUAUUCGCCCAGUUUUUGAUACAAUGUUCUGGAUUUAAGUGUAAACGUAUUAAGUUUGUGAACAUAUUCAAUUUGUGAACGUAUUCAAUUUGUGAAUGUAUUCAUUUUGAACGGUUUACGAUUUUUUUUCUACACAGUUGCCGGAUUGCUUUUAUUCUGAUUUCUUAAAAAAUAUUUGAAUCGUCCAACUGUGCUUUGGUAUGGCUGACAACACCAAGAGUCGCACCCCACACAUAGAUAGAGCCAUGGCAAAUCAAGAAGAAAAACGAAAGGUUACAGAAGGUCUCAUAGCUCAAGGAGAGGCACAGUCAAAGACGGCGAACGCACAGUUUGAGAAAGCAGUUAGGAAAAAACGGCAUCGCAAGCGUUUGAUGUGCUCUUGCUUUCAGACACAGUCACAGACGGAGAACGCACAAUUUGAGAAAGCAGUUAGGAAAAAACGGCGUCGCAAGUGUUUGUGGUGCUCUUGCUUUCGUAACUAUGACGACGAAACAGACAAUCAGGAAUAAAAAGUUGCAUACGCACAUUGACAUUUCGACAUAUUCUUCAAGUUAUACACAUGGUUGUUUUUAAGGCUGGCGGUGAUAUCAUGUCUUUUAAUAUUUUGAUGUUAAUUGCGUGUAUUAUAUUUAUAUUCAAUGUAGUAUGUUUGUAAAAAUAUAUCCAUAACCAUCUGUAUAAUUGAGCCGCACCAUGAGAAAACCAACAUAGUGCAUUUGCGACCAGCAUGGAUCCAGACCAGCCUGCGCAUCCGCCCAGUCUGGUCAGGAACUAUACUGUUCGCUUUCAAAACCUAUUAGAGACACUGGAUCCAUGCUAGUCGCAAAUACACUAUGUUGGCUUUCUCAUGGUGCAGCUUAUAUUAUACUGUUUAUAAAAAGAAUAUCUGUAUUGGGAUUAAAUCUUUUUAUUUCUUUAUUAAAUCAGAUAUUACUUCAUUUCAUGAUUUGCAUUCUUAACUGCACAAUUUUCAACCUUUAAAUAUUUUAACAAUUCUGUUGGAGAAUAGGUCAUAGCUAGUGAUCAUUGUUAAAUUCACAACCGACUAUAAAUAGGUUCUUGCAUCUCUUGUGACAUACACCGGCAAGGAUGUAGCCGAGUCAGAAAUCAACGCACACACUUUUUAAAAGAUUAGAAAAUUUCAAAGCUGUCGAAAAUUGUUUUAUUUAUGGCACAAAGUAGGUACAAUGAUAUAUUUGGCAAUAAAUUUUUGGAAUGGUUGCAAA